AUUGAAGUCGCGCGCAGUUGGUGGCAUUUCGAAAAGAAACCGAUUAGACUGUGUAAAGUAAAGAAUCGGAACCAAGGAGUAAACGAAUUUUCAUGAAUCCUUCCAAGAAUCUGUUGGGGUUUCUUUUUCUCGCAAUCUUGCAUUUGACAAGUGGACAAGGUCAGUUUCUAGCUUCGUUUCUAUGAAUAAAAAAAAGUGUUCAUUCGUCAUUCAAAUUCUAGGUGUUGGUGGUCCCUUUUAAAUCAGUGGUAAGAUAUCUGAAGCAUCAACGUUUUAGGCUAGGAACCAUUCCAAUAAGUUGAUUUUUCUUUUUUUGAGAAGUCAUUGCUUAAGUUUGCUUAGCUUUAUCUUUUGAGUUCGAGUCCUUAUUUCUCUUAAAUUUCCCACAUUUUUCAAUCUGAACACGUUCAUCUAUAGUGUUUAUGUACACAGAAAAAAGAGUAAAAUGGGAAAAAAAAGGAAAGUGGGUCACUAAGUAAGAAAAGAAAGAAAAAAAAAACUUAGCAAUGUUUUGAUUUUCUCAGUGCAGCCAAUAUCAUUCCUAAUUAGUCAUUCUUUUAGUCUCUUUAUCUCCUCUACCUGCUUAAAGAGGUCGCUGGAGAAACAUUCCAAUAUCUUAAAUAAUAAGUUAUAAGUUAUCAUAGCAAUCGUUAUGAUGGUUCCUAAACCAAUCGGUUUCGCCAUGCAUAUAGAUUUCGAUGAAUUUUGAUUUUAGCGUGUAACACAUAGAAGUAAAUUCAAAUAAAAACAAUCACAAAAGUCACACAAUAUACGAUAGAAAGAAAUAGCAAACAACAGGACGGAAAGAGGACCAUAAAAAACUUACAUUGUUACGGCCACAGAAAAGACCAAGAUUGAUACUGCUAUUGCAAAACUGCUAGGCCAAAAAAAAAGAAAAUGGAAAGGACGACCGAAAAAAGCGGUACGUUACUGAAAUACGCCUAGCGCGAAAACGAGAAAACGGGCAUACUGCUAAAAAAUGCGGCGAUAGGGUGACAAUUAAAUGACGAAAAAGGCGCUAACGAAACAAUAAGUAUAAACGUUGGCUAAUUACAGGGUGAAAAGACUAAAAUAAUGAACUUUAAACACGAAUUGAAUCCAACACGAAAAAAAAUGUCGGACUUAGAACUUACAGAAAGGAUGUAAAAUUUAUUGUUGUUAGAAUGCUUGCUGAUAGAAGAGAUUAAAAUUAAAUAUUUUGUAAGAAAAGGACUGAACGGCGUUUCUAACAUUUAUGUACAAGUGUACAAGAGACCACGAAGUUUUCAAGUCAAGGUGUGUUUCGGUAGUCGAGCUAAAGAGCGACUUUCUGUAUGAACUGCGUAGCAUCUAAAUUAAGAUUCGUGGAUUAGAGUGUUAUAGUCCAGAGUCGGUUUAAAGAUAUUUUAUUACAGUUUCAAGUGCAUUGUUUCUUAAAAACAGUUGUGUUUAUAUUUUAUAGAUGAAGGAUGUGCGAAAUUGACGUAUGGGGAUCAAUCUUUUGACGGGACAGUAAAAUACUCUCCAAUGAAUUGGUUUGAGACGCCGGCAGUCGUUAAACUUGAAGCUGGUAAUGAAUUUAUCAAACAUAUAUAUAGUUGUUGUCAUAUAUACAUAUUAUUAUCGUAUUGAGUCUAUGAGAAAAAAAGGUGAGAACGAGCAGUUCCUAAAGCAAGGAAGAGACAGACCGAGACAAGAUUAGCUUUAAUUUUACGUAAUAUUCGAGGGUUUGUUCAGUGAGAUAGUGGGAUAUGUCUCCUGGACAAGGAGACUAGUGAUCAUUUAUCACUUUGCAGGGGCGGGGGUAGGAUCAUAAGAACAUUACAGAGCUUUGAUGGGGGAUCAGUUAAAAAUUUUAUCGUGACACAACUAAAAAUCUUCCACCCCAGACAAUAAAUAAUGACUGGUUCCUCAUGUCUACUAGACCAAUAAGAAUGAAAAUUUAGCAAAAACAAGAGAAUAUCAACAGUUGAUUUCUCUCAGCAAAAACCUGGUCUACUUACAAAAUUAACUCGAUACGUUGCCCUAACUACUUAUUUUGAACUCUCUCAUUAGCGUGUUCGGGCGAGGAAGCACUUGGGCUAGAGAGCGGUCUCAUUACAGAUCAGCAGAUUACCGCUUCAUCCUCCUGGGGUAAGGCAACCGGUGAACAGAACGCCCGACUAAACCACCAAGCUGCCCGAGGUAAAAAAAGCGCUUGGUCAGCGGGAAGCAAUGAUCUCAAUCAGUGGCUUCAAAUCGAUUUCGGACGAAAUGUGAAAAUUACAAAGCUUGCGACUCAGGGACGUAAUGACUACGGCAACCAAUGGGUGAAAAGUUAUACUUUCGCUUACAGCGCGGAUGGCAGUAACGUUUUUCAGGCCUAUCAAGAGAAUGAAGUGGAUAAGGUGCAGUGGUGUCCUUCAUGUUGCAGCUUACGUAGCGAGGGCUCUAAGGAGCUUUGGAAUGUUUAUGUAAUUUUUAUUUAGUUUUAAUAAUGAGGGUCACAUUUCAUAAGACAUAUCGCCACUGAUUUCGUGUCUGCUUAUCUCUAUUUUAAAUUUGUGUCUGCAUGUGUAACACAUCCGCCUUGUCAUUGAUUCUCAGCCAUAUGUAAACAUAGCUGACGUUUUCAUUCGAAUUGUUUAGUAACUCUAAUUAGCGGUCUUUCCCCACGCUUCUAGUCGUUCAUAAGUAAGUCAGCCAGUCUCACUCUCCUCCCUAAAAACAGCUGUGAAUGGUUUUAAGAGCUGAAAGUUGAGGUUCUAUGGCGCUGGAAUCUCCGUAAAAUAUCACCAACGGUGCAUGCAUCGAUCUUUGUUGAAAUUCGCUAAGGUUUCUUUUUUUUUUUUGCCAGCGAUUGUCUUUGCGGACGUAAUCUGAAUUCCUUGUUAAGUCACAUGAAUUGUUCCUUUUAUUUUCCAGGUUUUUAAUGGUAAUGCAGAUCAGAACACCGUGGUUACCCAUGUCUUGUUGCAACCAAUCAUAGCUCGAUAUGUCCAAAUAAAACCAAAAACAUGGAAUGAACAUAUUUCCAUGAGAGCUGAGUUUUACGGCUGUGUUCUCUCAGGUAAGAGAACGGUCAACGGUCAUUAUUUAACGGGGGGGGGGGGGGAGAGGGGUUGGAAACAGGUGGUUGUGUGAUCAUCAAAUUUACCUGAUUUCCCCCUCCCCAAGGCUCUAUAAUAUCGUUAUGAUCCUCUCUCGUUGGCAGUCGAUUUUCUGUAAUCCCCCUUCAUUAUGUUGGCGACGAAUGACCCCCCCUUCCUACCCCCUUGAAAUUACUCCGCGCCCCUCCUCCCUAAGGUGAUUAAUGAUCCCUAUUAAUGAUAAGAUAAAUAACGAGGAAUUUCUCCAUGGUACAUGGUUAUCAUCAACAAUCUUAGACAGUACCUUGAUCUAUUUACACAUUUUUUUAAUACCUUGAAACAAAUCACAGACCGUUAUCAAGUACUUGGUCGGAAUGUCCACAUGGAUUACGUUCAAGAGCAUCUUCGUACAAAAAGAGAAGUAACCUUUGGACAUACCCAGGAGCGAGCCAAUAGAAUUGAGCUUCAAAUUCUAACUGAUACUGUAUAUGUUAAGGUAGGUACUUUUACAGUUAACUUUAAGGAAAGGGAUAAGGGAAAUUUGUUUUCUCAGUGAUACCCAUUCGUUUGUUCCCAAAAACCUUUCGUACUCAUUCGAUUCGUACUAAAUUCAGACGAUUUGUUCCCAGUUUGUUUCAAUUCGUAUCCGUCCAACAUUCAGUGGCGAUAAAAACCUAGAAGAUCUCAAGAACAGAUGUUGAUUGUUGCGCAUGACCCGUUAAUAAAGAGACAACCGGAGAAAACACAAAGUUUUUUUCUGCAUACUUGUAAUCUUCUUAACGAUAACCACUAAAUUAAAAUUACUGCCCAGCGCGAUGUAAGGGUGUCAUAUAAAAACUGGACACCCCACAAAUAAAACUUCUUCAACGCAGAUUAUAUUGCAACUGAUUGCAGUAUUUGACAUCAGAAACCCACCAUACUUUCAAGUAAAGUGGAUUCAGAAACAUACUCAACAUAGAAAACGAACAUAAAUUAAUAUGUUUACGAAACGAAAAAGUGGAAACCAUUUCAAUCAGUAAAACUGAACCCCUAUGUUUCCGAGACCCCUACGAAUAACAGUUGGAUGAAGAAAAAAAUUGUAGGAAUCGAGGCCAUUUAAUUGACCGUUGAGAUCGCUUUUUAUUAGUUUUGGUUUCUGACACUCAAUCGAAAAAGCGUUUCCGUUCAGAAUGUCCAAUAGAGCUCAAACAAAAAUAAGAAAGAGUAUUUUUACAAGUUAAAUUACAUUGACGUACCUUAGGGCGGUUUCGAUUUACAUGUAAGGAAUUACUCUGCUUGUUUCCCACAGGGUUACGUGGAUCUGCGUGGUAUUAAAAGAUUGACGAUAUUCAGCCGAAAGAUGGUUUUUUCGAAAGACAGUCAAUUGGACCUCAGAGCUCCCAAACUAGUGCAAAAUUUUAACAUUCUGUCUCCUGGUUCCGAUGGAGAUGAUGGGAAGCAUGGAGUUCAUGGUCCAACAGGUGAGUUAAGGACUGCCGGAAAUUCAAGGCUAUUAUCUUCUGCCCUUUUUCGUAUGUGGCUUGUGUGGGUCAGGACCAAAUGUCAUUAGUGUGGGGGUCGAGAGGUACCAAAUCCCGAGGUUUACUCUCUAGAAAUAGGCUUAUAGGGAUGUACUGCUGGAUGGGAUCGCACUUUCACGACAGGGUUGAGUGUAAUGGGGUUACUAUUUCAACAGAGUCACUAGAAUGGGGUCACAAAUUGUCGCACUUUUGGGUUAUGCAACGCGAUUUUUUUAUAUUUCUUUUUUUUUAUUUGUCUUUGAUAGUCACAGUCUACGCGAAAAUGAUUGCUGGCCAUGUAAAUAUUAUAACAAGUGGCGGAAAUGGAAACCCGGGGCAAAAUGGCGCGAAUGGAAGAAAGGCAGCCGACAGCAUGCAUAAGGUAUAUUAUUUAUAGAUAUGCAUGAUAUAGAAAAACUAAGGGAAAGUCAUUAUUUAUCGCCUGGAGGAGACUGAGGGGGCAGGAGAGGGCAGAGGAUUUCGGAAGGGGGGGAUAAGAAUUGAAGAGCUUGUGGGGGAUCAGGUAAAUUUUAUCGAGUCAAAACCAACUCUUCCAGCCCCCUCCCCCCUCCCCCACCCAGGCGAUGAAUAACGACAGGUCCCCUACUUAUGAUAAUUCGUCAGGCUACGAAGCUUUCAUCACGAAAAAAAUGAAACAAAUUGUUAACUUUGAGAAUUGCUAUUAAUGAUUUAACGGAUAUUUACUCUAACAGUGGAGUUUUUGUUUUCCGAUUUUCAAUCGGUACUUUUUCUAACUUUACUAUUCAAACAGCAACCGGACAGGACAAACUCUGACUGCAAAGCAGGUAGAACAAGGACUGGCUGCACUAGUCACAUUCCGGGGAGACCAGGUAUAUCAGGCGGAAAUGGAGCCAAUGGUGGAGACGGUGGGAAAUCAGGUAAAACUGAAACUUUCAUAAUUUAUUUUAAAUUCCCACCAUAAUAGAGUAAAUUAAUUUUUUUCUCUUGAGUUUCCAAAGAUUAACCUAUUUGUCCAAAAAUUGUCAAUUGUUAUUGACAAUUUUUGGACAGUUAGGGUUAGUUCCUUUCCCGACGCCGCAACUACACGCGGUUGGGAGUAAGUUUCUUAAGAAAUUGUGGUGCUGCGUCAGUUUGGGGAUUAACAAGAUAAUUUGGUUUUAUCAACUGAGUUGAUAAUGGAAAUUGGUCACCGCAAAGAAUUUCUAAAGCUGACGUUUCGAACGUUCGUCCUUUUUUAGAGGGAAUUAUGAACAGCUAAUACUUGAAACGUUAGCUUUAGAAAUUCUUUACGGUGGCCAAUUUCCAUUUUCAAUUCAGUUGAUACAAAGAGAACAAUACAUGGCGCGCGUCGAGAUAAAGUUUCUCUAUGAGUAUUCAAACACGAGAAGAGAAAUUCCAUAUCUACAUGCAUAGAAACACAAUAGCCUUUUACUGACAGGAAAAUUCAACUUUAUAUUAAUAAAUGAAAAUAAAAGGAUCGACAAUCCCCGAAGAAAAAUCGUUAAUUGCGUUGGCGCUAAGGCUCAAAAUGAGAAAAUGUGUUGAAACACUUCAAAAACAAACAAUGGGUGUAAUUUUCAAUACACAAAAUUCUCAUGUACUAACUUGGUCCCUACCGACAGAAUAAACCUUUAAGUAAACGGCCCAAAUCGGCGUGUGGAAAAUCUUCCAGUUGUCGACUUUCCUUCUCAGCCGCGAGAAAUGCCAUCACCAAGGCCACUGAAAACGUUUCCGUAUUUUGGUUUUAUCCCCCUUAUAGAAAAGUUUGAACGUCAUUGUCUGUAAGUGAUACGGAUUUUUCAUUUAUCAACCUGACCGAGUGGUGCGAAAGGCGAGUGACGUGUUAGCAGCUGAUUGGGCAUGCCAAAUACACAAGAAAAAAACACGAUAUUUUUUCACUUGUGUUGUUACGGCUUUUCUCAGGGCUGGAAAUCCUUGUAUAACAUCCUAGUUUAUAUGAUAAAACCAAAUUAUCCACAUAAAAAAAAUUGGUUCGGCGUGCGUUUGAUGAGAUGUAGCGAACACACCGGAGGUUUGGAGAGCACGAAAGAUGCGUAACAAUUGACUGCUCUUCGAGCAAUUGAUUUCAGCCUCUUAGGUACUCUCCAAUUUUCUCAAGUGCUUCAUAUCUAGAUUAACACGCAGCAGAUACGUGAACUAAUUCUUUCAUUGCUUUUUCCAUGCAGCAGUGAAAUAUGUCUAAUAUUGUAAUUCCCCUGCCAUGCACACGCACGUUUUUACUGUACCCCGCGCACAAUGGAAACCUUAGGCACUCGUGCUGUUGACUUUGAUUACUUGUACACGAACUGACUGUGUUAUAAACAGUAGCAAUCACCAUUUAAUUGCACUGCAUUUACUUAUGUCCCUCACCUGUUUAAUUGAACAACAGGAAAUGGUGGUGAUGCAGGCCAUCAAACUCUUCAUGUUUUGAAAGUGAGAGGGAAAAUCGAAUUAACAUCUUGUCGUGGGACUGGAGGGCAGCCGGCAAUAAACGGAUUAGGAGGAGCCGGUAAGGACUCAGAAAUUCUUCAUUAAUAAAAUUUUGCACAAGGAAACAAUUAUCUGCCGACUUUUUUUUUCUUUUUUUUUUCCUAUCACUUUGAUAGAAUAAACAUCAUUGGUCGGAUGAAACACCACGAAAACCACGAACAAAGGCAAUUACAUAAUAAUUUGUAAUCCUGGCGUCGACAAGUUGUUAUUCUAAUUGUCGCACGAAGUAUGCGACUUGGUGUUACUCUUUGUCGAUAACUCCAAAUAAAACGAGUAACGCGACUAAUAGAUAUUGCCUUCGUUUUUCUAUGGCGCUAUACUAAGUUUUUUCAAUAAUCAUGUUUUAACCAGCGAAAUACAGUCAAGAGAAGGUGUGAUCCUCAAAAAUUAGCUGCAAUCAGUCAGAAAAGAAGGGUGAGAAAUUCAGGCUUAGACUGGACUGGAAUCCGUGCCUCUCAAGUGCAUGUUGGGAGAGGGGCAAAGUUUAGAGGAUUCUUUAUUCCCGCAAAGGAAUCUGACGAGGCUGGAUUGAAAGUGGAUUGAUGACCAAUUGAUAGAUGGGCGGAUCACCUUACAGAAGUAUCGACAGAACAACGAAUAGUUUGAUAAACUGACAGAAAUUGUUGUUUUCAGGUGGUUUAGGAGGACGUGGUGGCCGCGGAAUAAAGUGUAGAAGGAGGUUUAUGUUUUGCGGAAUUGGAUUUCGAUUUGGAAUUGCUAACUGUGGACGACGUUAUUGGUGUGAAUCAUCCGGACAAACUGGCGAGGCCGCUCGCGGAGCAACUGGAAGAAGCGGAAGCAACGGACAAGGUUUUUAUUUGUUUAUUUAUUUAUUAUUUAAUUGAAUUUAAGACGGUCUUCCCCUCCCUUAAAAUGGAACAAGGUUCCCAAGUUAUGGCUCCCCUCCCAUUUCCGGCUUGAAAAUCUUGAAAUAUCAUAAUAUAGUCUCGUACGGAAUGAAUUUGCCAAGAACGAGAAAGGAAGGGAGCGAGAGCACUUUGUUGGUCUUUUUUCAAAGAAUUCUGUCAAUUAUUUUAACACGUGAGAAAAGAGUAGAACGCUGUUUUAAGUUUAAGCGUUCCCCUUCUUCCUAUCUAAACUUGUGGUGUUUGCUCGGGAAAUAAAACUGAAAUGAAAUGUUUUGAGGUCUUGUGUUCAACAACACUGCAAUGAGAAGGGAAAGGGAAGGAAGGUUCCUUCCAAAUUUUGUAAUUUGUGGGGCAAUGCUAGAACACUAGCUUCUGUCUAAAGUUUGUGCUUCAAAUGCAUAUUAAACACCUUUCAAUUUUGUUACGAUUUUACUUUUAAGAUCUCGUAGCAAAAGGCUCCAAUGGUCAGGUGGAAAGUUCUUAUCUUCAGAAAUUUGGUUUGGGUCCAAAGCAAUUGAAAAAGUAUCCUCUGCAGUUAAUAAAGAUGAUGACAAGAUAUGGUGAAGACCUUCUCUGGGCCAACGAUGUUAAAAAAAGCGACGCUGUGUUCAAAUUUGUUGUAAAAUUGUCAAAUGGCAAACCUGGAGCGUCUGAAUUGAGAAGAGGUUCGGCAUUUUCAAAUAUAUUUUCGUUUAAUGUACUACAUUAAAAGAAACUACAGAAAAGAAAUUAGCUGAUAACUCUAUUUUCGAAAGACAUGAUCCCAGCCCGGCAAUAAAUACGUAUAAUUCACAAAUAGAUUCCAUGUUGCCUUACGUUUGUACAGUAAUAUAAAACGGAUGACCUUAAAAUGUGGAGGCACAGCUUGAAAAAGGUGAAUAGUUAUCAGAAAAUCUAAGGAAGUAAUCUUCCUUAUCAUUUGUUUGGAAUAUUUCUUAGUGGCAAAGAGAAGACUGGCUUUUAUGAACAAAGUAGGAUAUGACAGAUUUGGAAAGAACCAGCUGUUCGCACCUAUUAUCAAAUGGGAGGCCUUCAAGAAACAGGUCGAAGUCAUCAAAGAUCGUGCAGAAACGUUUGAGAACGCCUACAAUGCUAUCAAAGAAUCGAUUAAACGGCAGGAUGACGUUAAGGCAAUAGUAAAGGCACUACCACAGGCUGCCAGACUUCAAGUUGUAAAGCAAAAGAACAGACUGGUUGAGGCCAAACGAAUAGCAGUAAGCGAAAAGGGAGCAUAUGUAUUGGUAAGAGUCGAAACCUCAUUGUCGAAUAUAUAACGAUUUCUUAACGAGAGAGUACCAACCUGUGAAACUGAGAUCUCCAACUGGUAUUCCCUCUUACAUUUUUCUAAGGUGAAUAAUGCUAUACCGGCGAUCUUUACUUGAAACACUCUGAAUCAAAAUACUUUCGAAAGCGAAUGUUGUCAACGUCGGCAUUCCAUACGGCGUCCUGUCUUUCUCUAAAACUUUUAUUUCAAAGGGAAACAACUAACGAACAGGUAUUCUGAUCUGACCAGAUGCCUCGACUCUACACGUGGGAGUAUAGCUUCGAAAUAAGGUGGAGCUUAGUCCUUUAGCCUUUUGUUGGAAAAUCAAAGGCCUUACGGAAAACGCGCUGGUCGGGCGGCGAGGUCUGAGUUCAAGACAAAGCUGGUCAAUCUUGAUGAAAACAUUUCAUUUUAAAAGUACUUCUCUCCACCAAAUAGCACCAGUGAAGUAUUAGCGAAGCCAGACGUAUUGAUGAAGGGUAACCUGCAAUGACAUAGCAUCCAGUCCAUUGGGCGUGGCAUUACCCCUAGUUGCUUCAUGCUACGCAGUCCCGGAUAAACUUCUGCUAUCCUACUUGAACUUCCUUGGUUUACUUCAAUCUUUUACAAAUUAAUAAAUAAAGGGGUUAAGUUUCAAAAGAAACUGUGGCGCUGUGUCGGUGGGACAGUAAAACAGGGUAAUUAAGAGUUAAUAAUGUAAAUUGGUCAUCGUAAAGAGUUUUAAAGAUAAACAAUUUAACUCCAUUCUCUCUCGUCAUGAAAUUAUACCAGUUUAUCUUAACUUUAUGAAAUGUUAUAAGUUGCAGUAUUGUGAAGGCUGUUUUCGCGAUACUGACAAGAGCGAAUGCGAAAUAAGCUCUUUUUUCGGUUGGGGAAAUAAUGAAUACACAAAUAAAAAUACGCAAAUACGCAGGGGAACCAAGCCGUGUACAUGUGAUUGCUUUUCAGCGACGUUUUCUCUGAAAAAUAACGUAAACAACGAUAAGCGACUGAAAAUAAUACUUAAUUUGUAUUAGUUUAUUCUAAUUGUUCUUGCACUAAUAUAGUAAUUUUUUUGUCUCCUCUUCGUUGCACUAGGCUAUUGGUGAGCUGGAGGCAAGCAUGAAGAGUAAUCUGCUGGAAGCAAAAGCGAUGCUUCCAGACGUGUACGAAAAAGCAAAGUUUAACAGCGACGACUUAUUUGUCAUUCUUGAGGGAAUAACAGGAUUCUUUAGUGGUGCAAUGGGAAAGGAUCCUUUCGCCGCCCUUGGAUCAGCCCUCGGGGUUAUUGGGCAUUUUGCUGGCAAAUGUGACCUUGGCAAACUUCAGGGUAAUUUGGAUAAAGUAGAAAAAUGGUUGAAAUUUGGAAAGGACUAUGCUGCCCUAAAAGACUCAAGUGAAUUGGAUUUUGACAAAAUGGAUGUGGCUGCUGUACCUGAAGUAAUGCAGGUAAACAUGGAUAUGCUGCAUCUCCAAUAUCUAAUGUUUGUGUUUGUUAAUAGCUUGUUGUUUGGUUGUUUGUUUGUUUAUGCACUGAUUUAAUCGUUGAGUUUUAUUUGCUUUGUCUUUCUUUUUACCCUUUUGCCUGUUUUGUUUUCUGUUUGUCUCUCGGACUCUGUGUGUUUGUGUUUGUCUGUGCGCCUCUUUCUUCGACCCUAGCUUUAUUGCUGUUUCCCAAGUUAUAUCCGGCUCAUGACAUUUUUUUUUACCUUCUUAUAAAAAGGCUAAUCUGGAAAUGAACAAAGAGGGACUUGCAGCGGACCUUGUUUGCCUGCUGGAUGAGAGGUCAAAACCCCGAAACUCGGCAAAGUUUCAAGAACAGAUCGAACGAUUUUUUAUCGCUGGUGCAGCAAGAAUCGAUCUCAUAGCAAAAGUCAUGGACUUGGAUAACGAAAUCGGUGGACAUAACUUUGACAUUCCGAACUUAGAAGAGACAGCAAAUGAAAUCGAAAGCCUUGGUAGCUCUGGUGGUAAGGAUCUUUGUGAUUAUACAUCGCGUCCAUGCUACCUCUUUUUAUAACAAUGAUAUUUGCGCCUAUGAUCGCACGCAUGGUCGUGCACAUGCAGAAGGACAUGUUUGGCUAUACAUUCUGGCCAAAAUGUCCCAUCAAGUUAAGCUUGAAGGCCACUUCGCUUCACGCUUUCCCUGUUGAUGAUCCUCUCUCCUUAAAUAAGCAGGAAAACGAAUAUUAAACGUGACAGGUUCGUUUUCCAGAUUCAUCCAACUUACAACCGCUGUUUUUAAUAAUUUCUGUUUAAUUAGCAAGAUGGUGCAUUUCUAUUUUACAAAAAGCAAAGGCCUAAUAAUAGUAUAUUUUCUUUUCAGAUUCUCCCAUCGCUGAAAGCACACAGCAGAUGUUUCUGGAUGGUUUACUUACUUCCUAUCAGCAGAUAGAAACAGGAUUUGCCCAACAAUUGUACCAAUUGUACAAAGGUUUCGAGUUUCGCUCUCUAUGGGUUGUUCAGGAAAAAUUAGCAGAAUUCGAACGGCGAGCGGUGCUAGCCGCGCAGGGAACAGGAAAUCUCAAAGGGGUUUUAGAGCUUACAAAAGCACUUCAAGAAAUCGAUAAUAUCGAAAAUAAGGGACAGCGAUGCUUCACAAAAUUCCGCCACACAGUCACCACGCAUAAAUGGACAUUUGACAGUGCUAAAGACAACGUGGUAUGUGGAGUAUUUCUUUUAUCUUUGUUACAGUAAAAGAUUUGUUGUUUUUUUGCAGUUGUUAAUGUUGCUGUUGAUGCUUUUUGAACUAUUUCCUUGUUUUCCCUUUUGUUUGUUUGUUUUUUUAAUUUUCCGUUCGGUAGUUCAUUCGGUUAUUGGUUGUUUAGCCCCUUCGGAUUCAGUCAAAACCUCGUUAAAAACAAAUUUCAUUUCCUUUAUUCGACUUUUUAAUUUUUAAUUUUGUCUUUCUGAGAAAACUUUGCCAGCUCUCUUUUUGGCUUGCUAUCUUUUUUCGAUUGUUGCUGUGGGAGAUAUUUAUAUGCUAGUUCAGUCAUUUCUAUUGAAGCAAUCUCUGCAUUAAAUGUCAUCUUUGAGAGCUAUAAAACUGUUUAUUUAUAGUUUCUUCUUCGUUUAUUGUAGAUGUUCGACGAACUUCAAAAGGGCACUACGAGGUUUUCAUUGAAAAUUUCAGAUAGCUGCGAUCUCUGUUAUAACGUCCGCCUUUUGAAGGUAAUAACUAGGCUCAAAUAAAUUUUGCUAACAUAUCUCUGGCCAUAAUGUCAUAAUAAUAAUUAUAUACAGUUUAUAAUCUCUUCAGUAACACACAUGGCUCUCAAACACUCCUAAAUUUAGUUAUUAAAUGGAGCAUAAUGAAAAAACAUAAGCAUAAUUUUGGGCAUGAUGCUCUCCUUUCAGGGGUGACUCUCAAAAGCUUAAUGGCGAAUUGUGAGCAAACUGUUCAUAUGGUAUUUCAAAGUUGUUAUUCUCGUAACGACUCUGUUAUACUCCAUUCAGACCAGGAAAAUAUAGUUAGUUUAGCCGUGUUAAACUGUAUUUGUAACUGAAUGAAAAUCAGAGACAGACACCUGAAAAACCAGAUUUUCCAUGUAGUUUAUUUGGUCAGAAACACGCAUUUUCAGUGCACUUAAUUUGAAGUCGGCAAACAUCGGUUUAAGGAACUCUUAAUGAAAAACAGCGUAAAGCCGUGAUUUAACAAAACAAAUUUUUAAAACAUGUUGAAGCCUUGGUGCGAAUGGAGAAUUUGAAAGAUAACGUUCAGUCUAAGUUUUCUAACUGUCUGUAAGAAUUAAGUUAUGUUCACACUAAUCUGUAUUAUUUUUUGCUUUGUUUUGUCUUUUUUCGUCUUCUCUUUUUCAGAUGUACGUUGAGCUAGAAGGUGACGAAUCUCAAAGCGGUGAUUACCCAUCGAGUGUUUAUCUUAAAUUAAGACAUCUCAGUGGCUCUUACUUUAGAGAUGGCAACGGGAAUGUCAGGGAAUUCCGGCAGCCUUUAGGAUCAUGGCGGACAUUAGAAUUCGACCGAUUUGCAAUCACUAAUACCGAAGGAUGCAACAAAGAAAAAGCAAAAGGAAACAGUGAGUAAUGAUAAGGCUAACAUCACAUUGUAUUUCACGAAAGCCCUUCUUCCAGGCGUCACGCAACGCUAUCAUCAAGGCGUGACAUCCUACAGAACGGAGAUUAGACUCUGACCAAACCAAUACGUUCUCGCUCUUCGACGCAUACUUUUGGUAAACGGUGAUGAAACGGAGCGUGGAGCGUUUUGAAAAAACGCCUCUAUUAUAACCUAGAUAAGUCUGUGCAUAGUAGACAUCCGGUUUCAAAUUAUUUGUAAAAUAUUUUUUUCCCAAAUUUUCAGAGGAUUCUCUCUUCUGUAUGGGCAAGGACGAUAACCGCUUUCAACCGAUGUGCUGCCAUUAUCUCAGCGGUUCCCCGUGUGAUGACACACUCCUUGGAGCAGAAGAAUGCCGGAGUCCAUUUGGAACCUACGAAAUGACCAUGCCGAUUGACAGCAAAACUCCCUGUAAAGCCAGUGACUCGCGCAUAACACACGAAAACUGCAAGGAAUUUGAUGUAAGCUUUAGUUAUUAGAUUUGACUGAGAAGUUUUUGGGCAUCCGAAAGUAAAGACAAUCCCCAAGUGCUCCAGGCUUGCAAUUUUCCACAAGCGUUAAUUCACCAUUGCAGAGAAAAACUAAUCUUUUAAUGUUAAAUUUCGCGUUUUACUUGUCUAAAUUAAAGUACUUUUCAGCUGUAAAAAAAGGUUCUUCCUUCAUAUGCAUUUUUAUUGGAUUUUUUCCGAUCCGUUUUUUAAAAGCAAUUAGAUGUGACUAAAGCCAAGAUAAUAUUUUGUCUGAUGCUUAGGAAGGAAAUUGGAGCAAACAAUGGCAUUGUAAAACUUCGUAGAUGCUAUGUAAUUAGGAAACAAUCUUUUUUCAGCCUUAUCCUUUAUCCUCCAUUUUCAAACAAAUAAUUGUUAAUUUUUCCCGGAAUGAGAUUGGAGUACUGGCUACCUGUCAUAGCCACAAGGGUCAUAAAUUAAAGCCGUGUACCAAAUUAUGUCAAAAUCGAAUGUGAUCGCGCAUGCAGUCCAAACGUUAAACGGAUAAAAUGAACGGAAAGAUAACUAAUGCCUACAAUAUUUAAGGGUUGCGAUUUAUCUAACUGUUUCCUCUGUUAAACAUCAGCGUUCAGUGUUCACAAAAAUGAACGUGUGGAUUCAGUAUCUGUACUGGACUGGUGAGUACCCAACAGGUCCAGACGACCCAAGAUGCAGCAAGUUUCAGGACCCAGACUCCGAGGCUGAGCAUGUUCCCAUAACCUUUAACCAUGAAGCGUCAGGUGAUAUUGAAUCAUAAAAAAAAAGAUGAUUAAUAAAAAUAUAGAGAAAAAAGACAUAAUAAACGUAGCAUAAGAUUGCAAUCACCGUGAUUUAAAUCAGAAUUGGAAGUGGCACUUACUAGCUUAAAGCAAUGGAACAGGAAAAAAAAAUAAAGUAAUGUCAAAACAAUUGCCUUUGUUUGAAACUUAUUGCAUAUAUGCAGGGAGGAAGGUAUAAGUAGUUGAACAGGGCUAAUGGUUUGGGCGCUGCAUGAGCUCAGGUUACAGAAAGGUUCGGUUCAUGUGGUCAACGGACAUUCCCAGUAAUGCAUGACGCACUGAAUAGAAGCUAGGGCGUCCAUGAUGACCAUAACAGUUGCAGUAGUAGAGCAACUAAUUAUUCUUAGAUGGGUCUAUUUCGGUCGAGAGCAGAUAAAGCUGAGCAUAGUCUGUUGUGCAUGAGACACCAACUAUCUUCGUACCCUGGAGUAAAAAGUAAAGUUGGAUUGUAAGACUGAUUAAAGGGGAAAUACAUAUUCGAC